AUGAAAGUAAACAAUGAGAUAGAAGGAGAUAAGCAGUGUCUUCCCAGUGAUGAAUUUUAUCCUAUUAUGCACACAUUUGUACUGGAGUGGGCGGAGUCUAUUUUGAAUGACUUCGAUGAUGUCCUUCGGCAAGCUGAUAUAUAUGGGGCUGUUGUCAUUUCUCGGUACUCUUAUGAUUUUCACCCUAAUGUUUCGAGAGCAUUCUACGAAUUAUGGGGGCCUUUAUCGAACACAUUCCAUCAUGGGAACGGUGAAAUGGGCAUUUCCUUAUAUCCUUCAACUGUUGGUGAACUUUUGAGAAUCCAUUCUCAACUAUGCAUUUUCCAUAAGAAAGAGCAAGUUUUCCACGACCAAUGGAGUCAUCAUUUCUUUCAAGGGGAAGCCAUAUAUGGUGUUGUUGGGAAUAGCAACAACAUAAUUCCCAAACAUAAAGCCAAAGACCUCAAAUUUCCCUUGAACAUUUCAUGUGAAGGACAAUUGGCCGCUUUCUUAGCGUUUUGGCAUAGCCUUUUUGUCUUGCCCCUUGAUAAUGCUAUAAGGCUAGAAUGUUUCUAUAUGGCAAGUUUGAUGGCGCGAGGGUUUAGAGUUUCACUUGCUCCAGCAGUGUUGGGACUAAUUUGUCAUGUCCUCAGUAUAGUUGCUACUCAUCGUAGAGGUCCUGGUUUAGCAAAUGCAUAUAUUCCCAUUCAUUAUAUGCUUGGCUGGUUAAGGGGAGCAUUUUCCUGA